AUGGAUGUGGACUCAGAAAAACAGGGUAGCAAUGGUAUGCUUGCUAGCACCGACUCUAGCGAGAAUGGUAUCCCUAAAGAAACAUCGCCUCGUCCAAUUCAUGGGUGGAAGUGGGCAAUUGCAUACGCAUCCAUGAUCUCGACAACAUUUCUCUUCGCGUUGGACAACACUAUCGUUGCUGACAUUCAGCCCGUGAUUCUCGACCUAUUCGGCGAAGUCUCCCUCCUCCCAUGGAUCGGAGUCGGCUUUGCUCUCGGUACCAUGUGCGUUUUGCCGUGGGGUAAGGUCUACGGAGUGUUCAACGCCAAAUAUGUCUAUCUUUUCAAUAUCUUACUGUUUGAAAUCGGAAGCGCUGUGUGUGGUGCAGCACCGAAUAUGACCGCCCUCGUGCUUGGUCGUGUCAUCGCUGGCGUGGGAGGAUCAGGGAUGUACUCAGGGACGCUGAGCUUUGUGGCGAUGUUGACAACACUCAAAGAGCGACCGAUUUAUAUGGCUGGCAGCACUGUUAUCUGGGGAAUCGGAAGUGUUUUAGGUCCGGUGGUCGGCGGCGCUUUUGCAGAUAGUUCUGCAACCUGGCGAUGGGCCUUUUACAUAAACCUCCCGAUUGGAGCCUUCUUCGCUCCCGCCUACCUCUUCCUUGUCCCAAGUGUGGACCCCCAGCCGCUCAAAAGCUGGUCAGAAAAAUGCCGUAUGAUAGAUUGGGUCAUGACAACCACUUUUCUUGCAGGGGCUGCCUGCCUGGUCAUGGCGAUCACUUUUGGUGGUACAUUGUAUCCUUGGAGCUCUGGGAAUGAAAUUGCCCUGUGGGUUGUCGCUGGAGUGCUUCUACUCGUCUGUAUUGCCGUGGCAAAGUUUCAUCCAGGCGUGGAGAAGGACAACCGUCUUUAUCCAGCCCAUUUCCUCCGACGACCUAUUUUGGUAAAUCUGCAGGUGCAGAUGUUCUUGGUGUCGGGUGUCGUGCUGGCAAUGACCUACUAUAUUCCAUUGUUCUUUCAGUUCUCACGGGGAGACGGUCCCUUAGAUGCAGGAGUUCGCCUGCUUCCCUUCAUCAUCUCCAUGGUCGUCUUCGCCAUGGCCAAUGGGACAUUCAUGCCGAAGCUGCCUUAUAUUCUGCCAUGGCAUAUCUUCGGCAGUGCUCUCGUCGUUGUUGGAACGGCAUUAAUGUACACUGCAGAUAUUCACACACCCAAUGCCAAAAUAUAUGGCUACUCAAUCCUCAUCGGCUCUGGGGCAGGCUGUUACGUUGUCGCUGGGUUCCCCGUUGUACAAUCUCUCGUUGCCCCAAAAGACAUCGCGAAUGCCGUGGGCGCAAUGGCUAUUUCCCAAGACCUUGGUAUGGUCAUCUUCCUUGCAAUCUGUGGAUCAAUUUAUCAGAAUAUUGCAAUUCAAAAAGUGUCACACGCGAUGCCCAAGCUGAAUGCAACCGACAUUUCUAACCUUGUUGCCGGCACGAGUAGCCGGACCUACAAGGCACUGUCGGAGUCGGAGCGAGCACUGGUCGCACCUCAAAUUACCAGUGCGAUGAGCAAUGUGUGGUUGUUCUUUUUGGUGGCUGGUAUAUUGAGUUUUGUUCUAACGCCGCCUUUGGGGAAAACAAAGAUGAAGGGAGCGGGCUCCGGCGACGAAGAGGCUUAA